AUGCUUGUCAAAGUGGGCCUGGCCGCAUCGGCGGCCUCAAUCGCCGUCUUGCUCUCCACAAUCGUUUGGAGCGUCGUACUGCUCGGUGACAUCGACGACAUGCUGCAGGAUGGUCUGCGCGACUUUGCCGAAGCACAGCAGGCCCAUGGUGACUCUUGGCACUCACUGCAGAUGCUGCAGAAGGUCGGCUCGCAGAGUUCAGCCGGAAUCCCGUCCGCAUUCACGGUCCGUGAAAAGCGACGCAUCAAGAAGAAACGUCUCCACGAUCAAUGCAAUUGUGGCCUUCGAUCGAGGAAUUGCCCGCGUGGACCGCCCGGUGCUCAGGGACUACCUGGCGAAAUUGGAGCGGGUCCACGAGGAGUUCCUGGUCCGCCCGGAAUUCCUGGGCAGCCGGGACCCGAAGGACCGCCAGGAGACGACGGCACUGAUGGACGUGAUGGUAAAACAGGACCGGUUGGCCCGAACGGAGACGAGGGCGCACCCGGCAAUCCGGGUUUCCCCGGCAGACUUGGCGCCCCCGGACAGGAUGGAGCAAAACCGAUCGGGUUGCCCGGACUUCCAGGCGCGCGUGGAAAUCCGGGACCAACCGGAAAGCCCGGUCUGAAGGGAUACGAUGGAGCUCCUGGCCGUCCUGGAGAACGCGGAGACCAGGGAGACGCGGGUGUGGCUGGCGAACGGGGCAGCGACGGGCUACACGGACAACCCGGAGCUCCUGGCCCGAAUGGCGUUAGUGGCGCCUAUUGCAAAUGUGACGAUGGAACGAACGGCUACUCACGCAGCGCCGUCUACAAGCUGCGGGGACGUCAU